UUGUCAGUCAAAUUCAGGCGUACAAAAGCCGACGGCGAAAUUUUCCAAAUAAAUCACAGUAACUCUCAUACAUUAUGCAUACUUUUUGAAUAUUAUUGAAAACUGACAAAACUAAGUAAUGCAAUGACUUGAGAAGCGAAGGAUGUUCAAGAUUUUCUGUACUUCUCUUUCUUUUGUGUUUAUCUCACUGGCUUAUUCAUGUCACUGCCGCUUUUAAAAGAGAAAGGCGACACGUGGAUGUACGAAUUACUCAUUAGCAUUUGUAAAAGGAUAACUAAUGGCUUUUUUGCCUUUUGAAAUACUCUACACUUGAACAAAUAUAAUGUGCAGCUAGUAAACGAACUAACCGCGUCAUUCCUAAAUGUUAAAUUUUACGGCUAUACUAAUAACGCGAGGAGCUGGACAAAUUUUCUGAAGAUAUUUUGUAAUAUACAAGAAUUUUAAAUUACAAGCUGUAAUGUACAAUAUAAAUAGAGAUUAGGAAACAGUGCUCACUGGUUUCAAAGUGUAGAAUAUAAGUGAAUUUCAUUCAUUUAUAAAUAUUUAUGAAAAAUAUUUAAUUUUGUCAACAAUGAAUAAAUCAAAAAAUGUUAGCUUACUCAAAUAUUCCAGUUUGGUUAUCCUUACAUUACAAAAUGCUUUGGUAGGACUCAGUAUGCGGUAUGCUCGCACAAGAUCAGGAGAUAUGUUUCUGUCUUCUACAGCGGUCUUGAUGGCAGAAGUUGCUAAGUUAGUAACAUGUUUAGUUUUGGUAUUAUUUGAGGAAGGUAGCUUUAACAAAUUUCUAAAUACUCUUAAUCAAAUAAUUAUUAAGCAACCCAAAGAUACAUUUAAAGUAUGUGUACCAUCUUUAGUAUACAUUAUUCAAAAUAACUUACUAUAUGUAUCUGCUUCUAACUUAGAUGCUGCAACAUAUCAGGUAACAUAUCAAUUGAAAAUAUUAACAACAGCCUUUUUUGCUGUAGUUAUUUUGAAAAAAUCAUUACUUAAAAUACAAUGGGGAGCUUUAGUUAUAUUACUUGCUGGAGUAAUAUUAGUGCAAUUGGCUCAAGGUACUCCAAAAGUAGUACCAUCUGGAGCAGAUCAAAGUCGAAUACUAGGCUUUACGGCUGCUUUGACUGCUUGCUUCCUAUCAGGAUUUGCUGGAAUUUAUUUUGAAAAAAUUCUUAAAGGAUCUGAUAUAUCUAUAUGGAUGCGGAAUGUUCAACUAAGUCUCUUAUCUUUGCCUAUUGGUUAUAUUACUUGUUAUUUGAAUGAUAGUGAAUUUAUAUGGAAUCAUGGAUUUUUCUUUGGAUAUGAUGGAUUUGUCAUCUACCUUGUGUUGCUGCAAGCAUGUGGAGGACUAAUCGUUGCAAUGGUUGUCAAACAUGCAGAUAAUAUUUUGAAAGGCUUUGCAACUUCUCUAGCAAUAGUUAUUUCAUGUGUGGCAUCAAUAUACUUAUUUGAUUUUCAUUUGACAUUUCAAUUCACAAUGGGUGCUGCAUUAGUAAUAUGUUCUAUUUUCAUGUACAGCCAUCAACCUAAAACCCCACCCAAAAGUGAUAAACACUCACGCUCAGAAAUGCUCUAAAUAUAUUGUUAACACAAGAUUAUUUGAGUAUAACUAUACACUGCAUAGUUUGUACAUUCAAUAGUAAAUAGUAUUAUGAAAAAUCGCGGUCAGAAUCAUGAUUUUUAGACUAGGAUUUAUAAAAAAAUGUAUAUUGUACUCAAAGGACUAUAGAUAUUUUUGUAAUACUUAAUCUGAGAUAGAUCUUGUACAUACAAGAAGUUUGUUAUGCAGGUAAAAUUUUACAUGGUAAUUAAAACCUUCCUACUUAUUGAACAAGUAUAAGCAUUUAGAUAGACAUAAUGAAACCAGGGAUUUUUCAGUAUCUUGUAGUAUUUAUGACAUUUACAAGUGAUAAUGGAAAGGCUAAAGACUCAAGAAAUUAAAGAACCAUACUUAAUAGUACGAAUAAAACAAAUAAAAUAACAAACAGAAGAGCUGUAGUCACAAAUGAGUUUUCAAAACUGCAAAUAGAAUAUAUUUUGCUAUUUUUUUAAUUAGAUAAUAAACAACAUUUUACCAAUCAUAAAGUGGAAUAUACAAAAUUGAAUGAUUAAUCAAAAUUUGUAGAGUAAUCUGUUUCCGUUGACAUAAAUGAAUAAUUGGUUUUCAAAUUAUUCAUAAUUAAUAUUUUAUUAAUCAAUUAGCAAUACUAUUAAGGUGAAAAAAUUUGUUAAAAAUUAAUGAGCUAUUGGCUUCCUCCUAUGUCCUGUAUGAAACUGACUACUGAUGU